AUGCAGUCUCAAACUGACCUUGGAAGCGAGCAUCUUAUUGGAACGCAACGCAUCAUCGUCUCUGAAGGACACCGAGUCACCCUCAACCCCCAACCAACCAACUCCCCUAACGAUCCUCUGAACUGGUCCCCAUGGCGGAAAUACUGGCAUGCAUUCCUCGUGCUCUUCAUUGUAGGCUUAACUGCCGCCACCAGCAACUCGGCCGGCAGUGCUUCAGACGCCCUGCUGGCGAAAGGCAUCAGCGACAGCACUGAGAACACAGGUGCCGGUGUUCUGUUCGCCGGCAUCGGUUACACGACACUUCUCCUCUCCCCACUGCCCGCCCUGUAUGGCCGCCGCAGCACAUACCUCCUCUGUCUCCUUUCGUCUAUUGCUGGGAGUAUAUGGUUCGCCAAGACGACGCGGUCUGCCGAUGCUAUCUGGAGCCAGCUCUUUGUAGGUGCCUCUGAGUCAUGUGCCGAGGCUGCCGCGCAGUUGUCGCUCUCGGAGCUUUUCUUUAGUCAUCAGCGCGGUAUGGUUCUCGGUCUGUACAUCCUCGCCACCAGUGUUGGAACUUUUCUUGGUCCGUUGUUUGCUGGACUUAUCACCGAUAGUGAUCUUGGCUGGAGCUGGAUUGGCUGGUUAGCGGUCAUCAUCAGCGUGGCAACCUUUGUUGUCUUCCUAUUUGGCUUCGAGGAGACAACUUUCUGUCGCAGAGCAGUUCUCGACGGUGUUCACCUAUCCAACGCCAAUACAGAAGCUCCCAAGAUGCAAAAAGUCAACUUUGGAAGUGACCAUGCAUCAGAAACGGGUGAGCAGGUGAGCUCGUUUGAGGACAAACCCAAGACAUACUGGCAGCGGAUCGCAAUAGUGACGCCGUCGCCUACACUCAUUGGCCUUGGUUUCAAGCAAUACUUCUCCUCACUUCUUGGAACAUUCCGAGUCUUUAGCUUCCCUGCUGUUCUCUAUGCUGGGCUGCAAUGGGGUGCACAAGAUGCGUGGCUAACAUUUUACCUUACUGUUGAGGAGGAUAACUAUUACGAUGCCCCAUGGAACUACGGAGAUACCUCAGUGGCAUUGAUGAACAUACCUACCCUGAUUGGUGCCGUUAUUGGCUGCUUCUAUGGAGGUUGGUUCUCGGAUAAAUUCGUUGAAUGGAUGGCACGGCGUCGAGGUGGCAUAAGCGAAGCUGAAGACCGACUAUGGCUCAUGUAUCCGGCAGCCAUAAUUAACCCUGUUGGUCUUAUUGUUUUUGGCAUUGGAUCUGACAAAGGCUGGCUUUUCCCUGAGCUUUGGGGGGCUUAUAUCGGUCUUGGCUUCAUAGGUUUCGGUUGGGGAUGCGCAGGAGAUAUUGGUAUGAGCUACCUGGCCGACUGCUACCCGGAUAUGAUUUUGGAGGGAAUGGUAGGUGUGGCUGUGAUCAACAAUAGCAUCGCCCUUAUAUUCACCUUCUGCGCGAGUAUCUGGAUGGACAGCCAAUCUCUUACCUGGGUAUUCACUAUCAUUGGUUUGCUGUCUUUUGCCUUCUUUAUGACAACCGCUCCUAUGCAAUAUUGGGGCAAGUCAGCUCGGCGCUGGACAGCACCUAUGUACUGUAGAUUUAUUGAACAUAGGGAUGGAGUUUGA